UUGGCCGCUGACGCGAAUACACGCAUGUGUCACGCGAUAGACAAUUUUUUUUUUGUACAAAACAUGUCGAAGUGCCUCAGGACAGAAUUUAGUGGAAUCGUUUUAAUAGUCUAAAUGAAAAUUUUGGUGUAUUCCUUUUGUGAUAAAACUAUAGUGUUGUUAAAACAUACUCUUUAUAAGUGCUUUCAUAGGUAAUAUCAGCUACACAUUGUGAUAAUCAAUAGCUUGUUAAUUGCAAUUAAUAAUUUGAAAUAAUAUUCCAAUCUCGUGACAUAAUCAGUUUUUCUACAAUUUCUAAAGAAUAUAAAUUAGAUAGAUUGACUUUCGUUAGAAUUUGUAAGGUGAUUUAUCGGUGAAGAAAUUCGUCAGUGAUGGUGAUGGCUAGUGGGGGUGGUGGUGGACUGGUGCAGUCCCCACCCGAGAUGAUGCAUCACCACAACAUAAUGGACACAUCAUCACACGUGGAAAUGAUGCCUAAAAAGCUGCGGCUGUCCCUAUGCGUGGGCUGCGGAGGCCAGAUCCAUGACCAGUACAUCCUGAGGGUGGCCCCCGACCUGGAGUGGCACGCCGCCUGUCUGAAGUGCCAGGAGUGCCGGCAGUUCCUUGACGAAUCGUGUACCUGCUUCGUCAGGGAUGGGAAGACUUAUUGCAAGAGAGAUUAUACUAGGUUAUUCGGCACGAAAUGCGACAAAUGCGGCGCCUCCUUCAGCAAAAACGAUUUCGUGAUGCGCGCCAAGACGAAGAUCUACCACAUCGACUGCUUCCGGUGCUGCGCGUGCGCAAGACAGCUUAUACCCGGUGAUGAAUUCGCGUUGAGAGAAGGCGGCGCUUUGUACUGUCGAGAAGACCAUGACGUUUUAGAAAAGACCGCCAAUACCAGCGGCAGCAGCGGCAAUGCGGAGAGCAACAACAAUACAACAUUAAGCAACAACAACUCACAUCAUCCCCACGAGCUUGGUUCUAUGUCCGAUUCCGGAAGUGAAUCCGGCUCCCACAAAAGCGGACGUGCGCGCACCACUGCUGCCGCUGACGGAAAACCAACAAGAGUUCGCACUGUGCUCAAUGAGAAGCAGCUUCAUACGCUAAGAACGUGUUACGCGGCUAACCCUCGACCAGAUGCACUCAUGAAGGAACAACUUGUGGAAAUGACAGGCCUCAGUCCUAGGGUUAUCAGAGUUUGGUUCCAGAACAAACGGUGCAAAGAUAAGAAGAAGACGAUGCAAUUAAAGAUGCAAAUGCAACAGGAGAAGGUGGAAGGCCGUCGCAUGGGCUACAUGUCGAUGGGCGUGCCGCUGGUAGCGGGCUCGCCGGUGCGGCACGAGCCGGCGGGCUCGCUGGCGCUGGAGGUGACGGCGUACCAGCCGCCCUGGAAGGCGCUCUCCGACUUCGCGCUGCACGCUGACCUGGACCGCGCGCCGCACCACAGUGCCGCGUUCCAGCAGCUCGUUAACCAGAUGCACGGCUACGACGUGCCGUCGCUGCCGCCGCCGCGGGCGCCCCACGGCGCGGAGGACAACUACGUGACGUACCUGGAGAGCGACGACAGCCUGCCCCCGUCGCCCUAGUGCCGUCUCUCUUAAGCUUUGUUAAGCUGGACUGUGUUGCGAUUGGUGCGAGUAGUAUAAACGAAUAUUUGUAUUAGCAGUGUAUAGGAAGAUACUUAUCGAAGUUUUUAUUCUGAAAAGACAAGGAGAUUUGAGCUCUUCUCACACAGCAUCUUAAGCUUUGACAAGCUGCUCUUGCCUGUCUUGUUAUUCAUGAACAUUAACAACAAAUCUGUCUCUUUCUAUCAUUUCUGAUAAUCAAAGUUCGCGAAUAAGCCCACUGGACUGGCUGCGUUGGUGCGAGUAAAUGUAAAAAUUAUUUAUCAGCAACAGUUGAUAUGGCAGAUACUUAUGAAAGUUUUUAUUAGUACAAUGAGUCAUGUCUAGGUAUUCCCGUGUGAUGACAAGGUAUAGCUUAUCUCUCCCUUCUUUGCAUGAUCGUAAAUAAUCACAAAAAAAUUAUGUUCCGUUCCACUUCUUGACCAGUGAAAUUAUAACCUGCCAUUAGACCACAAUUUCGUAUUACUAAAAUACAAUUCAACUUUUAAUAGGUUUCGUAAAAACGUGACGUAGUAUACCUAACUGUAGUAUUAUAAUUUGAAUUUGGCCUGGGACUCUGUUGUCAAUAAUAAGUAUCGAAUAGAUGUAUGCCAUUUUGUCUCUGAAAUAUGUCUUGUUAUUUAUUUUGAUUUUCUGAUUCAUCAAUGUAUUCCUAUAGGACUUAAAACAAGUAUUAUCAAAAACAAGUGUGUACUUAAUUUAUAUAAAAUUAAAAUACUAUUGUAUAUUGACACAAAACCAGUCACAUUUAUACUUUUAAGCUUGUUGAUUUUGGACCUUUUCAUUUCGUAGUAGGUAUGUGAAUAAUUUGUAAACAUUGUUUUUUGUGCAUUUGUUCUUGCCUUUGAUAAAUUAUGAAUUUAUUAGAAAAUUAAAAAAUAAAAAUAUUAAAGGUUAGAAAAAACAUGCAAGUUGCCACCUGUAACAACAGCGAGGGGGCCGAGAACCAAAAGCAGACCCGGGCCGUGGCGACGAUUUAUUCCUAGUACCUGGGUGAUCGAGCGGUGCUCGGUGAAGCCAGAAAACCAUAAAAAGUAAUAAAAUCAAAAAACCAUCAAACAUCACUAAAUUACUGAGAAAAACAGAAAACUUUUUACAAAAAUUCUAACUUUUAUUUUAUGAAUUAUCUGAAUAUACAUGUAUAUAUUUGUGCUUGCGUUCUCGAUACCAAGACGGGAUUCCAUCAGACGUCCAAAAUAUAGUUCUCUAUCUAAAUCUUCAAGUCUUAAAUCUUUAAACAUAACAUAUUGAUGGUAAUUGUACCUAUUGAUAAUUUGAAAAUGAUUCUUUGGAAAGAUUACAUGGAUUCAUACGAUGUUUACCAUUAGUUUUAUUUUAACUAUGCUAAGUGUACUUGGUUUCCAUUACCGCGGUAUAUAUAACAUUAUUUUACAUGCUUUUAUAAAGAUCUGUUAGAAUAAGUAAUGUAUAUAUAUAUAAUUUUUUUUUGUAAAUAAUCUGUAUAAUAUGAACAUACUAAUUAUAAAUAGAAUUACUAUUUGGUCGUAAGUGUAUAUUAGGAACUAUGCGAUUUGUGUAAGUAUAUUUAAUGCAAACAGUCAUAUACAUAUUUUUGUUUAUGCUUUUCUAAGUACUGUCAUUACAAAAAGUUGUAAUAUAAAUAAUUAUUGGUCUUUUCUAAUGAUCUUUGAUUUGAAUGUAACUCGUGUUUCAACAACAGUUUUUAAGCUACAGUUUACAAAGCCUGCUUUAUAACUUUCAAAAUAUUUCUUCUCUCUCUCUCUCAUAUUGGCGGUUCCCAGUUGCGCUCUCCGCCAUUAAGCCUUGCGCCAUUAACCUAGGAUUUCUCAACAUUUCUUAUUUUGUCGCUUAAAUUUUUAAUUUAUGAUACUUUUUAACCAGAUAUAGAUUUCAUUUAUAUAAUUUCAAAUAUAUGUACAUAAAUUAUGGUAAGGUUGUAAUGCAGGCUUUGAAAAUACUCAGCAUUUCUAUGUAAAAAGAGUGAUGUAUGUAUAUGCUAAUCCUCUAUAGAGUUUACCAGAUGUUAAUUUAUUCAGUAGUUAGUUACACUAUACACUGUAAUUAGCUUGUGCGCAUAACAUAAAUAAAA